AUGUUGAACCCGGACGGUGUUGUAAACGGCAACUACCGUUGCAACCUUGCUGGCGUGGAUCUCAACCGUGUGUGGGACAGACCCGACCCACAUCGCCACCCCACAAUUUAUCAUGCAAAGAAACUGGUGGAAACUCUGGCAGCCACCGGGCGAUUGGCGCUCUUCUUAGAUCUUCAUGGACACUCAAGGAAAAUGGACACCUUCCUCUAUGGGUGUGAACCCAGUGGCAGUUCGGCGUUCACGGUGCCCACAUCUGUGCCUGACAAGCCGUUUGCCGUCUCGAACAAGACAUCAAAAGCAGAAUCCGGCUCUGAGGACUGCAGCCCAAAAGACGGUCCUGCGUGCGGGGCAGAGAACGGGGCGAGGCUCUCAAAUGGGGACAGUGAGGUGGGCACCACGGACGAAUGCAAAGGGUCUGUGCUCGGGGACAGCAGAGCCCGUCUGCGUGUGCGGAUGCUACCUUACUUGCUGAGCUGGUAUGACCCGGGUUACAGCCUGGAAAAAUGCAGCUUCAAAGUUCGACGGAGCAAGAUGUCCACGGGGCGCGUUGUGGUGUGCCAGGAGAUCGGAGUGACGGGCAGCUACACGGUAGAAGCUAGCCUUGGGGGAUGCUCGAGUUCCAACACGCAUUUCACAGCGGCAGAUUACUACAGGAUGGGAAAGAGCCUAUGCCACUGCAUAGCAGAGCUGGCGAAUGUCAACGAUGAGGAGCUGCUGCAGAGAAUGGCAAAUGAGGGCAUAUAG